AAAAACAUGGUUGUCUUCUUCCUUCUUCUUCUUCUUCUUCUUGUUGGUGUGUUUGAUGAAGUAUCGUCAUCCCAGAAGCUAAGAAUCGUUUCAACGUCUUCUAAAGUUGUUUCAAUCGACAAGAAUGGGUCUGCGAUUCUAACCAACUUAAAGGAUGGGGACGACGCUCAGAUCUGGGAGCAAUCGUUCCGUUUGGGCCGCUUCCAGGAUGCUUAUGGUGGCUUUGGAUUCGCUCUGAUGAAUGAAAGGAGCGGUCUUUACCUGCGUCAUGGAAUAGCACCCAAGGAGGUGGUAAGAUUCUCACUUCUAUGCUUUUUUCGAAUAGGAAGUUCGCUUAUAGACUUCCAAGACUGCCAUCCUGAUCGGCUGACUAAUCAGCUUUGGCAGCUCCAGAAAGUGUGAGAUCCAACAUCUUAUCGAUCGUUUUCAUCUUCCCGGAGCUCUAGACAGUCUUUCGUUUCCAAGAAUGAAUACAAAAGUUAAUAGAAAUUACAGUCA